GGUCAACAAUUAACCAACCUGAUGAGUGCUAUACUACUUAUUGCAACUCUACUUGCAAUGUUGUACAAAAGAUGAAAUUUGACAACAACACGAUCGAUGGAUGCAAUAUCAAAACAUGCAAAAAUGGAAAACUCACAUUAAAUCCUGUGCAAUGUGAUCCAGUUGUAGUUCCUAAAUGUGUCAAUGGCCUUCAACCUGUGAAGGCGUAUUAUAACAAUGGGUGCUGCUUCAGAUAUGAGUGUGAAUGUUUCUGCAAGGCCUAUGGCGACCCUCAUUAUAGAACUUUUGAUGGACAAUAUUAUACUUUUCAAGGAAACUGCACUUACGUGUUGAUGGAAGAAAUCAUCCCAACAUACAAUAUCAGUGUUCAUCUUAAGAACUAUUAUUGUGAUGUUGUGAAACGUAUUGCAUGCACACAAUAUGCAAUUGUUUAUUACAACUCCUACAAAAUCCUGCUGAACAGCACUAAUGAUAAAGUGGUCCAUGUCUAUGUUAAUGAUCAAUUGAAGAUUCCAACAUACAUAACUGAUAAUUUCAUAAUCACCACCACUGGAAUUGCAGCGACUGUGAACAUCACUGACAUUAACGUUCAGAUUACAGUCAGCGCUGUAGACGUCUCAGUCAAACUCCCUUCUUCCUACUUCCGUAAAAAUACAAAGGGACAGUGUGGUUAUUGUGACAACAGCGUCACAAAUGACUGCCAAUAUCCUAAUGGAACAUUCAGCAGUUCAUGUGAGAAAGUUGCAGCGUUUUGGAAUGUCUCUCAAUGUACACCUCCAUCUACACCUCCGGUUCCAACUGUACCUACAGUUGUACCUCCCUGCGAAAUCCUCAAGAGCGAUUUGUUUAAAAGCUGCCGUGAUGUCGUUCCCUUCAAAGAGUAUUAUCAAGCAUGUAAAUAUGAUGUGUUCACUAUGGGAAACAAGUCUUAUGCCUGUGCUACUGUUGAGUCCUACGCACAACUAUGCGGCCAAAAAUCUAUCUGUGUGGACUGGAGAAGCUCACCUGAACUUAAAGGGCUCUGUGAUUUCAAGUGUCCCAGUUCCAAAGUCUACAAGGCAUGUGGACCGAAAGUGGAACAAUCCUGCAGUACAUCGUACAAUACUAUGUAUGCGGAUACACAAUGUCAAGGCGACAAUUGUAAUCAAACAUCAUCAGAAGGUUGCUACUGUCCUGAUGGCCAAUAUCGGGUUAAUAUGACAUCAAAUUUGUGCACAGCUUACUGCGACUGCAUUGGCCCUGAUGGAUCACCUAGAAAGCCUGGGCAGAUCUGGACAUAUCAGUGCUACAACUAUACAUGCCAAAACACCGGUGUCUAUGUGAAAGUUCCUGUAACGUGUCCAACUAUAAAGCCCUGUGGUGAUGGAUACAAAAGCUCUGUUGAAAACUGCUGUCCAACUUGUGUUUGUGAUUAUGAGCAAUGCCUUAAGAAGAAAUGUGAUGUGGGAUUUGAGUUAGGCUUGAAUAAAGCUAAUGGCAGCUGCUGUCCACCCUGCGUGCGAAAAGAUGUCUGUGUGUACAAUAACACCGAGUACAAGGUUGGCGUCUACUAUUUCACAUGUCAAACUUUGAACUGUCGUCAAGUUAAUGGCUCAUUUGUGGCAGAGAUGACCACAAAUCCAUGUCCUUACAUGAGUUCACAAGACUGUGGGCCUGGCUUUGAUUAUGUGAAAAAAUCAGAAGAUUGUUGCGGAACAUGUGUGCAAACUAAAUGUACUUACAUGAUGGACAACACCACAUACACUCUUCAGGUUGGAGAAGUCCAGAGUUACAAAUGUGAAAAUGUGACCUGCAGUGUCAUCAGUGGCUCUCCAGUGACUGAGAGGAACUCUGAGAAGUGCACUUACUUGAGCUCACUUGACUGUAAACUUGGCUCUGAGUAUGUGAAAAAAGCAGGAGAUUGUUGUGGAACAUGUGUGCAAAAGAACUGUACUUACAUGAUAGGCAGCACCACAUACAUGCUUCAGGUUGGAGAAGUUCACAGUUACAAAUGUGAAAACGUGACCUGUAGUGUCAUCAGUGGCUCUCCUGUGACCACCAGGAACUCUGAGAAGUGCACUUACUUGAGCUCACUUGACUGUAAACUUGGCUCUGAAUAUGUGAAAGAAGAAGGAGAUUGUUGUGGAACCUGUGUGCAAAGGAACUGUACUUACAUGGUAGACAACACCAUGAAUACUCUUCAGGUUGGAGAAGUUCACAGUUACAAAUGUGAAAAUGUGACCUGUAGUAUCAUCAGUGGCUCUCCUGUGACUGAGAGGAACUCUGAGAAGUGCACUUACUUGAGCUCACUUGACUGUAAUCUUGGCUUUGAAUAUGUGAUACAAGAAGGAGAUUGUUGUGGAACAUGUGUGCAAAGGAACUGUACUUACAUGGUAGACGAAACCACACACACUCUUCAGGUUGGAGAAGUUCACAGUUACAAAUGUGAAAAUGUGACCUGUAGUCUUAUUAGUGGAUCUCCUGUAACUGAGAGGAACUCUGAGAAGUGCACUUACUUGAGCUCUCUUGACUGUAAACCUUGCUUUGAAUAUGUGAAACAAGAGGACGAGUGCUGUGGAACAUGUAAACAAACAUGUUGUGUUUAUGAAGCGCCAGACAACACCACGCAUACUCUCCAGAGUGGAGAGGCGUACACAUCCAAAUGUGAGACCGGUACCUGUCAUGAAGUGAAUGGCUUGUUUGAGACUGAGAAGAAGGUUAAGGAAUGCCCUCCGUUUAAUGCAGAUGACUGCGACCCUGGAACAAUCAAAUUGGACAGUGAUCAAUGCUGUUACACAUGUGAAACUCGCAACUGUGUUCGUCAGAUAAAUAUCACCCGUCUACAAGUCAAAGACUGCACUUCUGUACAGAAUGUCGAAAUCCCAUCCUGCACUGGCCAUUGUGGCUCCAUGUAUUCACUUUACACCAAUCAAAUGACCAGCUGCUCCUGCUGUCAGAAAGAUAAGUCUACCAGUCUACCAGUGAAGCUGAAGUGCACCAAUGGAACAGAGAUUGAUUAUAACUACACUUACAUACAGUCAUGCAAAUGCACUCCAAUGAAGUGUGCAGACAAGCUUUAAAGUCAAAUAAGAGAUCCUGCUUUGAGUAUGACUCUAUAAUCUGACACUGAGAAAACUCCCAAUUAAAACUAUAUAUCAGAAAUUAAUAAUAUAAGCUGAUUGUUUACGUGCAUUAUUUACAUAUAUUGCACAUUUUCUUUUAUCCUGGGAUGUGUUUCGUUCUAAGCAUAGUCUAUUUGGUGGUCUUUUAAAGGGGGUUCUGGGCCCUUUCGUGCUUUAUUCUUUAUAAUCUAUGCAUGAUAUAUGUAACUUUCCUUUCAUUUAAAUGAAUGACAUCAGAAUAAAGCAUACUAAUGAGCAUCAA